CCACUCUCACAUUACCACAACCAUGCGUCUACUCCGGCUCAGCGCUCUGGUGCUCGCCGCCGGAAGUGCUCAUGCAUACCUCGAUACUACACCCUUCUUUAUGUUCUCGACGUCAGAGCUUUUGAACCCAGACUCGCGAUUACAAUCCGCCAGCAGCGUCGUUUCCAAUGUCGCCAUUUCUCUAUCCACCUGUCCUUCAGAUUACUAUGUCGUCGUCUCACAAUCCGGCGUGAGUAGUCAUGACUACGAAUCUAUAAAGAACACGCCCGUCUUGGCCCAGGCCCUGUCCAGACAGUCUGCGAGAGGCGUCAGAAGUAGCAUGGUCGUGCCUGAUGUCACCGGUAGCAUCGACUCGUCGAGCUGGAUAGACCUUUUACGCUCCAAAUGCGGCGUGCAAGUUACCGAGAUUGACGCCUCGAAGGGUGCCAUCCCUGCGACGAUUUCACCUGCACCACGAUUGCUCAAAAUCACACUCCCUAAGCCAUCGAGCCAAAGGCAGAGCGACUUGGCACAGAACGAUGCCUUCUUUGCCUCUGUUCUCGACAUGCUGCCUAUACAGAAUUAUACGGUCUUGUACACGACGGCGAGAUCGGGGCUUGUAGAAGAGGUGGAGCCGAAGGAAUAUGAUAUGGAGUCGCAGAUCCAGGAGAGUUUGCACAUCGACCUGAAGAGAGAUUUGGGUCUGGAUGCUCGUGCUGGAAGUGGUACGAAGAGCAAUCAGACCAUGAUCGACGGGCCGUUGUUUGAUAAGUAUCAGUUCUUUACGCCUGGUAUCUUCAUGGGUCUUCUUGUCUCAUUCCUCCUCCUGUCCAUCCUGUACGUUGGUAUCUCGGCUCUGGCUUCCUUGCAGGUUACCUACGCCGCGUUCGACAAGGAAAUGGGCCAGCUGGCGGCCAAGAAGCAACAAUGAUCAAGCUGUGGGUUGGCAUAUGAUUUGGGAUUCAAAUUUGCCCUGGUAUUAGAGUGUCCGGCAUGCCUGCUUGUCGGGCGGGUAUUGUGUAUAGUAAUGCUCAAUGUCACGAAUAUUUUGAGCUUUGGACCUUCCCUCUUUUGCCGUUUCGCUAUUUGUUGCACGGUGGAAUAGUUAACCUCGGAUCUAGUGGUGGAAGGAGACAGCCCUGAUCUUAUGGUG